UUGGUCGACACGAGAGCACACGCGGAAGAGGAACAACACCCGUCAUCGCCCCCGAUCGAAGCUUCGCUUGCGUCCGCCGCGGCUACCAGAGCUCGAGAGCUAGCGUCUGGUCCGAUCCGAUCCGACCCCUUCGUUCGCCCGCGCGCAAUCCCCUCGGGGAUUUCAGGUACUGUAAUAGAAGAUGCAAAGGGGAAGAGGUGGGAGGCAUGGCUUAUUCGGUUUCGGGGAUCCCUUUGCUGGUUUUGGCGGCUUUGGACGACCUGGGAGCCUUAUGCCCAGUUUCUUUGGUGGGGUAAAUCCCUUUGAUGAUCCUUUCUUCACAAGCCCCUUUGGUAGCAUGAUGCAACCUAGCUUGCUUGGACCAAGUUUGUUUGGGCCACAGAGAGGUCUCAGUGGAGGCAUGAGCAAUGCAGGCAUGUUUGGGUCAAUCAUGUUUGGGCCCCAGGGAGAUCUCAGUCAAGGUGUGAGCAAUGGUGGUGGCUUCAUUCAGCAAGCUCCUGAACCAAGCAGAUCUAAGGGGCCAAUUAUCAAGGAGCUGUCCUCAGAUGAUGAGGAUGAUGCAGAUGGUAAUAAAGAAGAUGAGAAGGAGAAAGGUAACUGUAGGAAGCAUCCAAGGACAAGCAAAGAUCCGUAUGUGGAGGACCCUGAUGAAGAAGUUGAAGAUAAUAAAAGGCUCAAGCAUCAUGGGCAUUUUGGGAGGGAGUUCAACAGAGCCAGCACAUUGCAUCCACAGUCUCAGACAUUUAUGUUUCAGAGCUCGACUGUUACAUAUAGUGGUCAAAAUGGAGCCUGUUAUACAUCUUCGACAACUAGGAGGACGGGUGGAGAUGUAAUUACAUUGGAAGAAAGUAAGGAGGCCGACACAACUACUGGUAAAGCCACUCACAUGAUAUCACGUGGCAUUGGCAAUGAGGGUCACUCAUUAACAAGAAAACUGAAUUCUGAUGGACAUGUAAACACCCUGCAAACUUUACACAACUUGGACGAAGAUGAGGUUGCUGGGUUUGAGGAAUCAUGGCGAAGAAAUGCUGGUGAGAAUUUGCCUGGCUGGGACCCCAGAAUGAACAUGAACAUGUUUGGCAGCGGAAGUGCACGCCCCGGCAUCCAAGAUGGGAGUCAAAUGCUUCCACUUCCGGCACCUGAUCAAUCCCGUGGCGCCAAUUCCUCAAGGAACUCUUGGGUUGGUUCUUCCAAGGGUCGCUCACGCCGCACAUGAGUUCCUCUGCAGUAGAGGCAGGAUCAGAGACAUGAUAGGGGCGACUUCCACUGUCUGUAGAAACUUAUGUAACCUGAGUUCACUUCAGGAAACUACGUUACCUUCGCACACACAGUCAAGAGCUGCACGUGGGACGUCAGAACAAUUAGAACAUUAAUCCCAGUGAUCUGUACUGUUGUUGAAAAAUUUAGAAUCUGUCUCUUGAUGAGCUUCAGUUCAGUUAUAUUUGGAUGA